AUGACGUUCUACCAAAACAGCAGCAUUGCCCGUGACAGUCUAGCGAUGCUUGGGCUAAUUGCCGCACCAUAUUCGAGGGGCACGAGCCAGGAUGAGGCAGAGCCUUUAAUCAAUGGUAAUAAUGUGAAUAACACGCAAGAAGCGAAUCACUCUAGCCGAGCGCCAGCUCCUUCAGAUGAACACGAGGAUGUGGAUUAUGUAUCGUUUCCUAUCCUACCUUUGCUCGGAAAGCCGCCAACGCGAAACGCGGUGCUGGAGCAGCAGUGUCCACCAGUCAAAAAUCGGACCAUGGGGCAGACAGAGUCGACUACCUUGUAUGCGGCUUGGGCCUUGGUCGUGAGCCGCAUGACAAUGUCGAACCGUGUUGUGUUUGGCGUGGCGGAUUUGCGACAUCAGGCAACAAGGCCAGCAGGUGACGCGGAUGCAAAUGUGCUUGCCAAGCACAUCCGUAUCAACACAGAUAGCCACCAGACUGUUCAAGACUAUCUCGUCCAUGUGCAGGAUCAGCAAAACAAAGCCGCGUCUGCCGUUGUGGAUGGCUUGAACAAGUCGGGAAGCGACGUCGGAAGCAUGCUUGGCCCCUCGACGCUAAUCAGUGUUCAACCCGAAAAGAAUACUUUGAUAGAGGGUUCCUUUUGUCAGGAUCUCGACGAGAAGUUGCCGACAUGGAGCGAGAAUAUCGCUCUAGUACUUACAAUCCACUUUGGUACUGACCGUACUAACAUUACGGCUUCUUUCGACUCCAAAACAACCUCUGAAUGGAUCAUGAAACACUUGUGUCGACAGCUGGCGUUUACUAUUCAUCAAAUUCAGGCCUUGAGUCCUCUAAAAAAUAUCUCUACAAUAAUGAUUGCGACACCCGAGGAUUUUGAACACAUCUGGGAUUGGAAUCGGGCGGUCCCAACGCCAGUUGAGCGUUGCGUGCAUCAUCUUAUCCAGGAGUGCGCGACAUCUCAGCCCGCUGCACUGGCUGUCUGUGCCUGGGAUGGAGAGCUAUCAUACGGCCAACUUGACCGCCUAGCUACGGGUCUGUCUGGCCAGCUUGCCGGGCUUGGUGUCUGUCGUGGUACAGUGGUGCCUCUGUGCUUCGAGAAAUCCAUGUGGGUAACCGUCGCGAUGCUCGGAGUGCUCAAGACUGGCGCUGCGUUUGUGUUGUUUGACCCGUCGCUUCCAGAAGGUCGUCUGCUAGCCCUGUCAAAGCAAGUCAAGGCGAGUGUCAUUGUGUCGGGCGACAUGGAGAGGCAACUGAGCUCUCGACUGGCACCCCAUGUGGUCACGCUUGAUACAGAUGCCAGUCAAUCCUUGUACAAUCAACCCGGCUCUCCAACAAGCUCAUCCAGUCCGUCAGAUAUCAUGUACAUUGCCUUUACGUCGGGUAGUACGGGUGUGCCAAAAGGCGCCGUCAUAACCCAUCGAAACCUCGCAUCUGCUCUUCACUACCAACAGGACAGCUUACGUCGCACAUCGAGCUCUAGAGUUUACGACUUUUGCUCAUAUACAUUUGACGUUUCAAUCUGCAAUGUAUUCUCGACCCUCGCUGCGGGAGGCUGUGUUUGCGUCCCCAGCGAACAACAGAGGCGAGACAGCUUGGUGGAAAGCAUCGCGUCUCUCAAGGCAAACGCCAUCGAUCUCACUACAUCUGUUGCCCGACUGCUAUCUCCCGAGCAGGUCCCUAGUAUAGACACGAUUGUCUUUGGCGGAGAAACGCUGCACCCCAAAGACGUGGCACGUUGGUGGGGGAGGGUCAACAUUAUCAAUCUCUAUGGACCAUGCGAGUGCACACCGAAUUGUACAAUCAAUGCCAGUCCCAAGAGUAUCGAGGAUGCUACGCACUUGGGAAAGGGCCUCGGAUUGCUGACUUGGGUUGUCGAUGCUGAUGACCACCAUGUUUUGCUCACACCGGGCUGCGUUGGAGAGCUGCUUCUCGAGGGUCCCAUUGUUGGACAGGGCUAUUUGGACGACCCGGAGAAGACAGCAGCAGCAUUCAUUGAGAGCCCGCUUUGGCUGCUCGAGGGCAGUCCCCGGCAUCCAGGAAGACGUGGUCGGCUUUACAAGACGGGAGACUUGGUCCGACUCGACAAGGACGGAAGCCUGACUUUUAUUGGGCGCAAAGAUUCACAAGUGAAAAUUCGAGGACAGCGGAUUGAACUCGGCGAGGUUGAGCAUGCACUGCGCGCAUGCGAGUCUGUUGACGAAGCCGUCGUUGUUGUUCAACAUAAUAAUCAGGGCGCCCGGAUGGUUGCCUUUGUCACUGUGCGUGACCCAAACCCUGAAACCGAGAAAGGGACACUCUCUCAAGAUGCAGGGACGAUGGUGCAAGACGAGAUUCAAAAGACUUUGGAACAAAAUCUCCCUCCAUUUAUGAUGCCCGAAGGCAUUACAAUUCUGAAAGAGUUUCCCAUUACGAUGAAUGGAAAGAUUGAUCGCAAAAGUCUUGCCAAUAGACAGGAAAUGGAGCAGCUCAAGGAACAAUCGACACGAGCGCCCUCCAAUACAGAGAAACAGGUUGCGCAACUAUGGGCCAAUGUACUUGGUGUCGAUCUUGAUGGAAUUGGGGUCAAUGACAACUUUUUGCAUCUAGGCGGGAAUUCGAUUGAUGCGAUGCAGGUUGUGGCAGAAGGUCGAAAAGUUGGUAUUGAGCUGACUGUCGCGGAUAUCCUUGGCCACCCAAUCUUGCAUGAACUGGCCGAAAAGGUCGUGGACCAACGGGAUUCUCAGCAAAAAGUUGAAAUCGGACCGUUUGCACUCAUAGAUGGCGGCGAUGCAGAGACCAUUGUCAAAGACAUUUCUGGAUUGUGCAACUUGGACCCCGUCUUGGUCCAAGACGCAUAUCCAUGCACACCACUUCAAGAAGGCAUCAUGUCUUUAUCUUUAAAGCGUCCUCGAAGCUACAUGAGACAGGGAGUCUUGCAAAUAAAUGCAAGCGUCUCGCUAGAGAAGCUGAAAGCAGCAUGGGAGGAAGUGGUGCGUAGGAUACCAAUUCUUCGCACCCGAAUCGUCCAGCACCAUGAGUUAGGCAUGCUGCAGGUGGUUGUAGAUGAAAAUAUGGAUUGGAAAACCUCGUGCAGCUUGAAAGACUACCUCGAAACUGAUUCAGAAGAGCUGAUGGAACUCGGUCAUCCUCUGACACGAUACGCGCUCAUCACAGACGGAUCAGCUACUUUCAAGUGGCUUGUAUGGACGGCACAUCAUGUCCUCUAUGACGGCUGGUCACUGAAACUCGUCGCAGACGCGCUCAGUCGCGCAUACGAGGGGCUAUCUAUUGACUGUGGCCCUGGGAUGCAGACAUUUCUCAGAUACGUCAAGGACCAAUCCAAUACGACAGCAUCGGAAUACUGGCGGCAGGCCCUCAAUCACUAUGCCAGUACGGCAUUUCCUCCUUUGCCGCCGCACGUCCAACAGCCUGAGCCAAAUAGCACGGUCGAGUAUAUCGUCCCUCGUCUCCAGAACAAAAGUCUGAGUGUUACAUCAUCGACACUCAUUCGCGCAGCAUGGGCUUUUGCUGUCGGGCGAUUGACAAACUCGACUGAUGUCGCGUUUGGUGUCACUGUAUACGGGCGAAGCGCACCAGUUGCUGGCCUAGAGAGCUUGAUAGCCCCAACUUUUGCGACUGUCCCAGUGCGCGUGCAGCUGGCAUACGACCAGCCAGUCUCGGACUACCUCGGACACUUGCAGCGACAAGCAAUUGAAAUGAUGGCCUUUGAGCAGACCGGCCUGCAAAACAUUGCCAAGGUCUCUCCCGCCGCGCAAAUGGCCAGUCUUUUUCAAACUCAGCUCAUCAUACAGCAUGAAGAGGGCAUUCCGCUUGAAGAGGCGCUGAUUGGCAAAUGUCAGGGAGAUAGUCUGGACGAAGGGGCCGACACUUGUGCUCUGACCCUUGAAAUUUUCGUGGCCCCGAAUCAGCUCAGAGUAUUGACUUCAUUCGACUCAAAGGUCAUGGAGCCAAACGCAGUACAAAAGUUGCUGGAGCUGUUUCAUCAUGUGCUCAAUCAACUUGACGAUGCGACUCCGCGUCAGUUAUUGUCGGACAUCAAGACAACUAUCCCACACAAUCUUUCACAAUACGCUAUUACGACCACAGACUCUCCAGUGGAAGCAGAGCAUGGAAUCAAAGAAUAUGCAGCUACACGAGAGCCAAAUUCGCAACCCAUGUCAGAAACAGAGCGCCAGAUGCAAAAAGUAUGGGCGAGCGUGCUCGACAUUCCUUCCCACACAAUCACACUCGACGAUAAUUUCCUCAAACUCGGGGGAAACUCGAUUGAAGCUAUGAAAGUCGUCAGCAAAGCCCUGCAGCUCGGCCUGCAGGUCAGAGUAGUGGACAUUUUUCGUCACCCUCGAUUGCGAGACCUUGCCCGCCACACGAGCAACUGCGUAAAUGGCGACACCAACUCUAUCCGGCAAACUCAUGGCUCUAAUGUAGUGGCGCAGUCCUUUGCUCAGGAAGGCUUGUGGCUUGUACAUCAGCAUGAUUCGACUUUGACAUGGGACAACAUUCCUUGUGCGUGGCGGCUCCGUGGGCCGCUGCAGCUGCCAUCACUUCAGACGGCUCUCCUUGCUCUGGAACGCCGCCACGAGUCGCUCCGAACCACUUUUCUGUCAAAAGAUGGAGUCAAUCUGCAGAGAGUCUUGGAGUUUGCAGAAGAUACACAGAAGCUCGUGCCUAUUGUGCUCGAUGGAGCCGACGUCCUUGCUGACGCACUCCAGAAAGAUCAGCUGACGCCAUUCGAGUUGCAAACGGAACCAGGAUGGAGAGUACACAUCUAUCAGCUUGGCAAGGACGAUUUUGUUCUCUCCAUCGUUCUUCAUCACAUAAUCUGUGAUGGCUGGUCCAUGGACAUUCUCUGGAAGGAGCUUGCACUGUUCUAUGCUGCUGCGAACCGCGGCCACGACCCUCUCUCUACGGUUGAUCCCUUGCCCGUCCAGUAUCGCGACUAUUCCGUCUGGCAGAGACAACAAUACUCCCGUCAUGAUCAGCCUGAGCUCGACUACUGGGCCAAUGAGCUAAAGUCCAGUCAGCCAGCGGAGCUGCCCUGCGACAAGGCGCGACCGGGCGCUCUGUCGGGCCAGGUCAAGACGCAAAACGUGCGCAUCCAGGGACGCUUGUACGACCUCUUGCAGCAAGUUUCCAAAAAGCUCGAGGUGACGCCAUUUGUCGUGCUGCUCGCUGCGUUUAGGGCGACCCAUUUCUUCCUCACGGGCGUCGCCGACGCAACCAUUGGCAUACCGAAUGCGAAUCGCGGUCGCUGGCAGGACAAGGAUGUGGUUGGGCUCUUGGUCAAUAUGCAGUGCAUCCGAAGCAAAAUUGACCAAGAAACCUUUGAGGCCUUUGUUCGGCAAGUGCAGGCGACAAUGCUGGCUGCUUUUCACAGGCAGGAUACUCCCUUUGAGCUGAUUGUCUCCAAGCUGGGCAUUCAGCGAGAUUUGUCUCGACAUCCACUGUUUCAAAUCAUCAUGGUGGACCAUUCCCAGCUGGCUUUUGAAAAGUUUGAGCUGGAGCGAGUCGAGACAGAGGCGAUUGUGCCAACCGUGGCGGCGGUCUUUGACCUUCAAUUGCACAUUUACCAGGAGUCGGGGUUCUUACGUGUCGAAACCAUCUUUUCUACAGAUUUGUACGAGUCUGGGACAAUGGAGAAUGUGAUUCAGUAUUGGCAGGCGGUGCUUGAGCGCGGUUUAUCCGAUCCAGAUGCUACAAUCAAGUCGUUGGGGGCUUGA